CAGGAUAUGAACUGGAUUGGGGCCGGGGUUCAUGCUCUGCGGUUGUGCCCACAGGUGCUGACAGAGAAGCGGAGCUUGGGCAGCAGGGAUGGGCCCCCACACCUCGUGGUUCUGGUGCCGCUGCACAGCAGGGCUGCAGCCCACGACACCCUCCACUUACUGCAGAGCCAGGACUCGGCUGUUGUCCGUGUGGAUGAGGGGAGAGCUGGUGGCUUUGCGCUCCUCUGCCCCCGACUCAAGCAGCGCUGGCGCUUCGUGACAGCACAGACAGGAGAUCUUCACGCUGUCUUAGACCUAGCCAAGGUCGCCGACUCCCUCCUGUUCAUCCUGGAUCCUGUAGAUGGCUGGGACAGUGCAGGGGACCACUGCCUCUCCUGCCUCUUCGCACAGGGGCUCCCCACUUAUGCUCUUGCUGUCCCAGGGGGCACUGAUUUGCCACCAAAGAAGCGGAUAGACGCCAGGAAGAAACUUGCCAAAGCCAUUGAGAAGCGCUUUCCUGAGGCCAAGCUCUUUCCCCUGAACACGGAGCAGGAAUCCUCGCUGCUGCUGAGGCACCUCGCCACCCAGAAGCAGCGGCACCUCGCUUUUCGGGACAGGCGGGCUCACCUGCUUGCCUAUGCUGCUGAGUUUGUGCCUGGUCAGGAGAGUGACCUGGUUGGGACCUUGAAGGUGUCGGGCUUUGUCCGGGGACAGACCCUCGAUGUGAACAGCUUGGUGCAUAUCGUGGGGCAUGGAGACUUCCAGAUGAGCCAGGUGGAUGCACCUCCUGAUCCCCUCUCUUUGAACCCCCGAGUGGUUAAAAGACAGAAGAGGAGUCAGGACAUGGAGGUACAGGAGGACUCUGUAAAUGGCACCGAUGAGAUGGAGGAAGAUGUCAAGGUCCUGAUGAAGGCAGAUCCAAACAAGCAGGAGUCUUUGCAGUCAGAAGUGGUUCCUGAUCCUAUGGAAGGGGAGCAGACGUGGCCUACUGAAGAAGAACUGCAAGAAGCAGAGGCUUCUCUGGAGGCGAACAGGAGGGUGGUGAAGGUCCCCAAAGGCACAUCCAAGUACCAGGCUGCCUGGAUUGUGGAUGAUGAAGAAGGCAAUCAGGAAGAUGAUGAUGAUGACAAUGAAGAUGAUGACAUUGAUGAUGAUAUGAUGGAAGAGGCAGUUUCCCAGGAGGGGGAAGGCAGUGAGGAGGAAGAGGAAGCCGCAGAGGAGGAGUGCGAGACCAUGACCGUUUCCGAUUGCUUGCGGGAUGACCAGUACGACGAGAAGGUGGAGGAAGAUGAAGAGAUGCUGGAGAGAUACAAACAGGAGAGAAUGGACGAAAUGUUUCCGGAUGAGGUGGACACGCCACGUGACGUACCUGCCCGGGUCCGGUUCCAGAAGUACAGGGGGCUGAAGAGCUUCCGGACUUCUCCAUGGGACCCCAAAGAGAAUCUCCCAAGGGAUUAUGCCAGGAUUUUCCAGUUCCAGGACUUCUCCCGAACCAGAAGGCACCUCUUCCGGCAAAUAGAGAAAGAGGAGACUGAAGGAGCCUCGGUUGGCUGGUACGUUACACUUCAUCUCUGCAAUGUCCCUGUCUCAGUGAUGGAGAGCUUCAAAGAAGGGAAGCCCCUAGUCCUCUUCUCGCUGCUUCCCCACGAACAAAAGGUGACUAAGUACGGCCCUGCUGGUAUCUUGCAG